ACUCCCAAGGUAGACAAUCAGGUGCUUAACUCCUACUCAACUCUAUAAAUAAACAACAACGUUACUUCCCAACACAUCCAACUUCUCUAGCGGAUCAGAUCAGCCAUUACUAAAUAAAUUUAAGAGAGAGAGAGAAAGUCAGUGAAUUUAUCAAAGGAUGACAACCCAAAUGAAUGAGCUUCAAGAUCAUAUGGCUCUUAUCUCCCAAAUGUACCCUGGUGUAUACACCCAAAUUGUACCACAGCAAGGUGAUUUAAUUUGUCCUCGACGGCGGCGGAAGAAGAACAAGGGAGGGGAAAACGGCCUGGCAGGGAUUAAAAAAAGGAAGCUUAGCCAGGAACAAGUUAAUCUUCUUGAACUUAAUUUUGGUAAUGAACAUAAGCUCGAGUCUGAAAGGAAAGACAGACUUGCUUUGGAGCUGGGACUUGACCCUCGUCAGGUAGCUGUCUGGUUCCAAAACCGAAGAGCUCGCUGGAAGAACAAGAAGCUUGAGGAGGAGUAUAGCAAGUUGAAGUCUGUCCAUGAAGGCGUUGUUCUUGAGAAAUGCCACCUUGAAUCCGAAGUUCUAAAGCUUAAGGAGCAACUUUGUGAGGCAGAGAAGGAAAUCCAACGGCUGGGGGAGCGAGUGGAUGGGGUUUCCAUUAAUAGCCCAAGCUCAUCUCUGUCAAUGGAAGCCAUUGAUCCACCUUUUCUAGGGGAGUUUGGAGUAGGAUAUGAUCAAGAUGUUUUCUACAUAGGAGAAAACAGUUAUAUUCAUGGCAUGGAGUGGAUGAAUCUGUACAUGUAA